CCUUUCAUGAUUACCAUCUGCACACUUUGCUCACACACACUCACACUGACUGCGACAAACACGAAGCCACUUCUCUCCGGCGACCGCCGCGCAGGCCGCAGGCACCUCCAUCGUGUCUCCCUCUCUGUCUCGACCCCUCUCUCUUCAUACCCACACACGUUCCAUCUCUUUCUCUUUUUGGUGAGCAACUGUCCGGCCGAUUCUGCUGCUGCCAUCGUCGGAUUCCGGCAACUCUAGGGCAGUCUUGUCUAUCCUCUAUGCAAGUGACCUUAUACCGAGAGACAACACGGGCAAGGAGUGGCAACUGGCAAAUGAGGUGAUUCCUAUGCAGCUGUCCUGCCUUGCAGAGAAGUAAAUUUGGGGGCAGGAGAAUAAAGAUUGUGUAAAACGGCGUCGCUGUAUCGUUUAGGCACAUACAAGAGACGGUGGAGCAACCCAUAAUCACGGUGGCAUGUCAGCCCUAAAAAGAUUCUCCAAAUCCCGACACCACCCUGCACCACUGCCACCGCCGCAACAACCACCCUACAUCUCCGCCUUAACUCCCCCCACCUCCUCAGCCACCGCUCAAACCCUAUUAACCAACCUCACUGCCUUAUUCCAAUCAUCCCUCAGAAAACCAGCAAUCGCCAUCACACCACAAGACCUCCUCCACUUCUUAAAAUCCCGCCUGCGCCACCACCCCACUCUCAGCCACCUCGACUUCCACCUCUUCCGCUAUGCCUCCACGCUAGACUCCUUCCGCCAUGAUCACUCCACGCUCGAGUACAUGGUGCGCGCUCUGGUAUCCACUGACCGUCUCGACUCCCUCUCCUCGCUCCUAGACUUCAUUUCCUCCAACCCCUGCCCAUGCUCUGACGGUAUAUUCUCAUGCCCUAGAACGGAGCCUAUCUUCCGCGUUUCAAUUACUUCAUUUUGUAGGGCAGGUAGAUUUGAUGAUGCACUCCACGCCUUUGAUAUAAUGAAACGGUUAAUCGAUGGGAAACCCAAUGCUGCCUUGUAUAAUAUUGUCAUCCAUGGUUUUGUGAAGCUCGGUAAAUUGGAUAGAGCAGUGGACUUCUAUGGAAGAAUGCUUAGAAAUAGAGUAAAUCCUGAUGCAAUCACUUUUAAUAUCUUGAUUAGUGGCUAUUGUAGGAAUAAUAAGUUUGAUUUAGCAUUGGAGGUGUUUAGGGAGAUGAAGGAAAAAGGUUGUCUUCCAAAUGUGGUUAGUUUUAACACAUUGAUCAAGGGCUUCUUCCGGGAUGGGAAGGUGGAGCAGGCGGUUGGGAUGGCGCAUGAGAUGACUGAGAUGGGGUGCGAGUUCUCAUGUGUAACGUGUGAGAUCUUGGUUGAUGGACUUGGUAGAAAAGGGAAGGUGAUUGAAGCAGCUGAUUUAAUGAUUGGUUUUUUUAGGAAAGGAGUUUUGCCAAAGGGGUUUGACUAUUUUGUAUUGGUUGAGAUGCUUUGUGCUGAUGGGAACAUGAAGCGGGCACUUGAUUUGGUGAAUGAGUUGUGGGACAAUGGCUAUGCACCGAGCUUGAUUGCCUGCACGACUUUGGUUGAAAGUUUACGUAGAACUGGUAGGACUGAGAAGUCAGUUGAUCUAAUGAAAAAAAUGCUCAAUGAAGGGAUAUUACCGGAUACAGUGACGUUUAGUUGUCUACUAGAAGAUAUGUGUGGUAGAGGAGGCACGUUGGAAGCAAAUAAGCUGCGGCUGCUGGCUUCAAAGAAGGGUUUGCAUCCAGAUGGUAUGGUGUACAGGAUUUUGGUUUCGGGUUACACAAGAGAAGGGAGAAGAAAAGAGAGGGAAGUUUUGGUGAAUGAGAUGUUCGAUAAAGGGUUUAUACCUGAUAUUGCAACUUACAAUGUGCUGAUGAAUGGCCUUUCCAGAUGAACUCAAGAAUUCUCAACUACUGCUUUAGAAACCUAAUAGCAUACAUUCCCCUGCAGUGGCAUCACGACAAAAGAUAACCCAUCUCAGUUGACGUUUCCAGGUAGUGGGAUCCUAAUUAUUAUAGGAGAUGAAGAUCAAGAGAAAGUGAUGGUGGGAUGAACUUCAUUGAAACUCAUGUACCGUUUCCUCGGAAAAGAGUCAGAGAAGGAGGAAAUGAGGAUGUUUUUUAGGGGGUAAUGAUUCAAAGAAGCAAUCUUGAUUUGGUGGGACUGAUCUUCGUCGUAUUUUUGGUUGCUGAUUGUCAGUAUUCUGAGAAGAUUAUUUUCUGUUCUGAAUAAUAGGAUAUUGAGCUCACCCCUGCAAUGAUCAAUUAAUUACAUUGAGCACAGAAAGAAAAAUUUAUCAUUGUAUAUUGCAUAUCACUGUGUUAACUCGUUGGAUUGAUUUAUUAUGAGAUUAUUUGCAGUCUGUUUAUAUA